UUGACUUUGAAAAUGAAGGCAGGAAUUCUGAAAGAGUACGAUCCGAAUUUGAAAAGGAGAGAUCUUUUAAUGAUAAAGUUUAUGUACCUAAAGUGUUCUGGGAUCAAACUAGCAAGCGAGUGUUGACUGCCGAAUGGAUAGACGGCAUAAAAAUCACGGAUCGAGAAGGAUUACAACGGUACGGGUUUACUUUUAAUGAUGUUAUGAAAACAGUCAUCGAUAUUUUUGCCUUCCAAAUAUUUGUUAGCGGCUUUGUACAUGCUGAUCCACAUCCAGGAAAUGUUCUAGUUAGACCUCAUCCUUCAAAAUCAAAUAAGCACUAUCAAGUU